AUGAAGUUGAAGACGCAGUUAAUCUGUCUGCAGAUUGUGUUUUUGCUGAUAUCCCUCACGCCUGGGUAUGCCAUAACCUUCUAUCACUACACGGACGAAGUUGCGGCAGAUGCUAUAGAACGCAGUGGCUUCAUACGACAGAGCACAAACCCGAGAUAUGCUCAUUUUGGAACUGGAGUGUAUGGUACCGGAAUGAGUCCUGACCACGGCAGGGAGGCGAUCGCUAAAAACAACUAUCAAGGCGGAUGGCAGGGUAACUUGAACAGGGGAAAAGUGGAUUAUGCGUUCAAGUUUGACUUGCCCACGUCCAAGGUGACGAAUGAAUCAAAGAAUCGUGAUAUUCUCCUUUACAAAGGCGAUCUCUCUCUCUCUCAAGACCAACCCCUAUAA